AGCAGGCCUAUAGCCCAAAAGGAACUUACGUCGAACACCUUGUAGGCAGCGAGAACCCUCCCCUCUCAUGUCGAACACCUGACACCCACCGCCGAUCACACAGCGGCGGCGCGGCAAGAUGCUAUCCCGCGCGCGGCGCCUCCAACCCACCAUCCGCCGCCUCCUCCUGCCAACCAGCCCUGCACCCUCCCGUCCUCCUCCGCUCCUACCUCAUCACCCCGCCUCCGCGCAUACGCCUAAACCCUUCCCAAUACUCUUCCGCCGACACCUCUGCUCCCCAGCACCCCCAACGCCACCGCCAUCGCCACCACCGGCGGUGGUCUCCUCUGACCUCCCAUCCGUCGGUACCAAUGGUGUCUGCCCCGGCUGCGGCAUCGCCAUGCAAUCCUCCGAUCCCGCCUUGCCGGGGUUCUUCUCGCUUCCCUCCCCGAAAUCCCCGGACUACCGCGCGCGCCUCGCGCCCGUCACUGCCGACGACACCCGCAUCUCCGCCUCCCUCAAGUCUGGCCACCUCCGGGAGGGACUAGAGGCCUCGCGGGGGGACGAGUCACCCGCGGCGGCGGCUGAGUCGCUGGAGGCCAAGGGAGAGGGCAAGGUUGUGGUGUGCGCGCGGUGCCACUCGCUGCGGCACUACGGCCACGUCAAGCGCCCCGACGCCGAGCGUCUCCUCCCAGACUUCGACUUCGUCGCCGCCGUCGGCCCGCGCCUCGCGUCGCCGUCGGGGGCCAGGUCGCUCGUCCUGCUCCUCGCGGACGCCUCGGACUUCGACGGCUCCUUCCCGCGCGCUGUCGCGCGCCUGGUCGCUGCCGCCGGCGAGGCCCACCGCGCGGACUAUAAGCGUGGGGCGCCGGCCAACCUCCCGCGCGCGCUGCUCGUGGUCACCAAGCUCGACCUGCUCCCCACGCCGUCGCUGUCCCCCGACAACGUGCACGCGUGGGCGCACGCCCGCGCCCGCGCCGGCGCGGGCGCCGACCUGCGCCUCGCUGGGGUUCACCUCGUUAGCGCCGCGCGGGGGUGGGGCGUCCGUGACCUGCUCGACCACGUGCGCGAGCUCGCUGGGGCGCGCGGCAAUGUAUGGGCCGUGGGCGCGAGGAACGUUGGGAAGUCGACCCUGCUCAAUGCCAUCGCCCGUUGCUCAGGCGUAGCCGGCGGACCCACCUUGACGGAGGCGCCAGUUCCAGGAACAACCCUUGAUGUGAUUAAGGUGGACGGCGUUCUUGGAGCUCAAGCGAAGCUGUUUGACACGCCAGGUCUGCUUCAUGGGCACCAGCUGACGUCCAGACUAACGCGUGAGGAGCUGAAGCUUGUUCAAGUGAGCAAGGAGAUGCGGCCCAGGACCUACAGAAUAAAGACAGGGCAGUCUAUACAUAUCGGAGGACUUGUGCGCCUGGACAUUGAAGAGUUGACUAUAGGAUCAAUCUAUGUUACAGUAUGGGCAUCAGCACUUGUCCCACUUCACAUGGGGAAGACGGAAAAUGCAGCCACAAUGAUAAAAGAGCACUUUGGCUUACAACUACAGCCUCCCAUAGGCCAGGAGCGGGUAAAUGAGCUCGGAAAAUGGGUGAGGAAACAGUUCAAAGUUUCUGGAAAUAGUUGGGAUAUAAACUCUAUGGAUAUAGCCAUCGCCGGUCUUGGCUGGUUUGGAGUUGGGCUGAAAGGAGAGGCAGUAUUGGGGCUAUGGACAUACGAUGGUGUUGAUGUUGUCUCCAGGAGCUCCCUCGUCCAUGUGAGGGCAUCAAUUUUUGAGGAAGCCGGUUUCACGGUUUCCACGAUUGUCUCUCAGGCAGAUAGCAUGACAAAUAAGCUGAAGAGCACCAAGAGGACAAACAAGAACAAGGAGAGCAGAGCAAGUUCUUCUCCCUCCACAGUGCCAGAACCGUGAGAACCUGCUGCCACUACAGUUGCUUGAGUUUUUUCAUAUCACUCUGUGACAGGAGUUUUGCUUUUGUGAUGUUGUGCUAGCCUAAAAUGUUGUCGUUGGGCUAUAUAAAGCUGUCAGAAACAUACAAAAACAGAGGGUGCCAUGUAUACUUCUUCAUAAAUGCCUGCUGUUUGCAGAAGGAUUUUCUGGGGCGAGGAUGGUGUUGUUGUUGUAUAGUCUCGUUCUGGACUAUAAGAAUUGCUUGAAUAUUGAACCUUUGCUAGUUUCCUCAGCUGGCAAGACCAAUUUGGAGAGCAAAUCAGUCAGGAAGGUAGGAAUCCACACAUCUGAAAACUUGCAUUACAGCAUGAUAGGGCAGGUCUUGAGAUAGUCAGGUUUGCAUUUGAAUCAUUUCAUAAUGUUCUAGACAUCAUAAUUUAUAAUUUGUCGCAAAGUUGAAGAUCUGAUCUUUGAGAUAGGAUCCACCGAGUUGGAGCUCAUCUUGUUCUCUGUUAAAGAUUGACUGAUACUAUAAAUUUAAGGCCAUCUUUCACA